AUGACAUCCCAAUCGGCAUCUUCACAACAAUCUUCCCCUUCCAGUGCCUCUUUCGACUGCAAAUGGAGCCGGUGUUCGCUCACCUAUGGUUCUCUAGAUGACCUUAUAGUCCAUAUUCACGAAGUACACGUAGGCAAGAAAAAGUCAAAGUAUAUCUGCGAGUGGGAAAACUGUCCAAGAAUCGGACAAAACCAAAAGUCUCGGUUUGCUCUUGUUACCCAUUUGAGAAGCCAUACGGGCGAGAAGCCAUUCGCUUGUGAAUUCGAAGGUUGCGAAAAAACUUUUACACGGCCUGAUUCACUAAGAAAGCACAUACGAUCGCAACACGGAAACAAUCAAAUGGCCGAAUCACCCAGACAUCCUAUAUCAUCCAAGAAACGUAAACCUCGCUCGCCCUCAUCUUCACUGUCUGAAUCAUCUUCACAUUCCUCUCGGGCAUACCGUAAUUCGACGCAAAAUCACCAAGUCAAUCGCAGCAAUCCAUCAUCCUCGACUCAUCGUCUGCCUACACUACCUAAUCACAGCGAUAAUGUAUACAAUCCUCAUCGCACUUAUACUUCCUCAUCGAACACAACAUCACCGAACGAGAGUGAAGACGAAAGCGAUACACAAGGGACAACGUACUAUGAAAAGUACUUACUAUUGAAGGCAAAGAGCAAGUAUAUCAGGCGGGAGAAUGAAAUACUUGUGGACGAAUAUCAAAAUGUAAAAGUCAGAUUGAAGAGACUAAAAACGGAAAAGGACAUUUUGUUGGAUGCCGUCAUUGCUGCUUCGGGAGAUGAAUAG